GCCGCGGGGCUGAGGCCGGGCCGCGGCGCUCGGGGGGCGGCUGCCCGGGCCCCUGGGUGCCCCCACGGCUCGGAGCGGGCCGGCGGAGCCCCCUCCCCGGGCCUGCGGGCCGCGCCCCGCCGCCACCGCCCCCCUUCCUCCUCCUCCUCCUCCUCCUCGUCGUCGUCGUCGUCGUCUCGGCGGCCUCCGCCCGAUGCUGGCCGCGCAACCGGGGCUCGGCGCGGCGCCGUGAGGCGGCUCCCUCCCCUCCUUCGGCCCCCGCCGCCGCCGCCAUGUCCGGCGUGGUGCGCACCCUCAGCCGCUGCCUGCUGCCCGCCGAGGCCCCGGGCCGAGGCCCGGAGCAGGCGCGGAGGGAGGGCAAGGAGCGGAGCCGCGAUGCGGAGCGGGAGGCGAGGCGGCGGAGCCGGGAGAUCGACGCGAUGCUGGCCCGCGAGAGGCGGGCGGUGAGGCGCCUCGUCAAGAUCCUGCUGCUGGGAGCCGGCGAGAGCGGCAAGUCCACCUUCCUCAAGCAGAUGCGGAUCAUCCACGGCCGCGAGUUCGACCAGAAGGCGCUGCUCGAGUUCCGGGCCACCAUCUACGAGAACAUCCUCAAGGGCUGCAGGGUUCUGGUUGAUGCACGGGACAAACUGGGGAUCCCUUGGCAGUACACGGAGAAUGAGAAGCAUGGGAUGUUUUUGAUGGCUUUUGAAAACAAAGCUGGAAUGCCCAUAGAGCCUGCCACGUUCCAGCUCUAUGUACCUGCACUCGGCGCCCUGUGGAGGGAUUCGGGAAUCAAGGAAGCCUUCAGCCGUCGGAGCGAGUACCAGCUGGGUGAAUCAGUGAAAUACUUCCUGGAUAACCUGGAUCGGAUCGGUCAGCUGAAUUAUUUCCCCAGCAAACAAGAUAUUUUGCUGGCUAGAAAAGCCACCAAGGGGAUAGUAGAGCAUGAUUUCAUCAUUAAAAAAAUACCUUUCAAGAUGGUGGAUGUAGGUGGACAGAGAUCUCAGCGUCAAAAGUGGUUCCAGUGCUUUGAUGGAAUAACUUCAAUUUUGUUUAUGGUCUCCUCCAGUGAAUAUGAUCAGGUUCUCAUGGAAGACAGGCGCACAAAUAGACUUGUGGAGUCCAUGAAUAUCUUUGAGACAAUAGUCAAUAACAAGCUUUUCUUUAACGUUUCUAUUAUCCUAUUCCUCAACAAGAUGGAUCUUCUUGUAGAGAAGGUAAAGACUGUCAGCAUUAAGAAGUAUUUCUCGGACUUCAAGGGGGACCCUCACAGGCUAGAAGAUGUUCAACGUUAUCUGGUGCAGUGCUUUGACAGAAAGAGGAGAAACCGUAGUAAGCCGCUCUUCCAUCACUUCACCACUGCCAUAGACACUGAAAACAUCCGCUUUGUGUUUCAUGCUGUGAAGGACACGAUCCUUCAAGAGAAUCUGAAGGAUAUUAUGUUGCAGUGAAGGAGAGCAGUCCAUGUCUUGUUAAAAUUUGCUGGAGGGUUAGAUCAAAGUUUUUAUCCUUUCUUUAUGGCCCUUGCAUGUGGUGUAGGACCCAUGCUACUUACUUGGCUCAGGAAUGCUGUAAACUAGCCAGUCCAAACAGAGGAGCUAUAGGCCGGAGGAAUCAAAUGUUGAUGUUAGCUACUGAAUCAUUUGGACUAGAAACACUACUGAAACAUGGCCGUUGUAGGUUCUGUACCUAGUUUGGAAUGCUGAAUAACACAACCACCUUCUGCCUUCCUAGAAAAAAUCUCUGACAAACCAUGUAUGGAAGACACUAUGUUUUAAAUUAAUAUGCUUAUUUUUCAGAGACACCAGUCAUACAAACUGCUUUUUUUGUAGUUUGGAGGUGCUGAAUUGAUCAAACUAACCUAAAUAUAAUGAGAUUGGUAGCUGUCUUGGAGAAUGUUAAUGGAAUUUGCAUUCUUAACCCUAGGAGUAUAACCAGAUCUUGUAUGCAUAUUCAGUUUUGCCAAGGGUCUGGAAUCCACUAAUUAAGGUGGAUGCACAGCUCUUGUCUGAAGGUUUUGCAUGAGUAUCCUGAAGCAAAAGUCUGAAACUGUAUAAGGAAACCCAUGUUGGAGUAAAUUGGAUGGGAAGUUAAGGCCUCGCUGGAGAAGGGUUUAUUUUGCACUAUGUGUAAAGGGUAUUACAUCAUGGGGAAGCUGAUUUCCUUGGUGAAGCAGCCUGUCCUAGAGCACCUGACCCUGUCUCUGAACAAUGGGUGCUCGAGUGAGAUGUACUGGGUGGAAAUUCAGCACUGUUCUCACACCUGCAGUUUGGCAGUACUUGUGAGGGUUCGGUAUCUCACAUGGCAGAGCUUUAUCUAUAUUCGGAAGUUUGGAACCGAUUAAACUCUUACGCAAAGGCUUUGGUAGUACAGCAGCUGCUUGAUUAGUUCCCAACAGCUGACUGUAUAGGAAGUCCAAACACCCUGGAGAUCCCAGUUUUACAGCUGCACUGAUGGAUUUGGGCAGCAAAACCUUGCUGUAAAAUUAGCCUCUAAUCUGUGUCUUAAUGGGAUCUCUAGCCUAUAGUAAUGCACGUGUAGUUCUGAAUACAGUCAAGGUUGGAGUUGCCCCUUUUGGGCAGCAGUUUGUCCAUAAAAUUGCAAGAGGCUAUGAAUAGUGUUGAUAUGAACUGUUAAUUUCCUAGCUCUCUCAGUCUGUGUAACUAACUAUCAGGUGCCUUUUUUGUGUACAGACAUAUCAGGUCUUUUCUAUUACAUGGGGUACAUGGACAAACUUACAACCUGCCUUUUAUCUCAGCAUUGUAGUGCUAUUCUUUAGAUAAUUCUCAAACAUAGCUUACUGUUUAAUUUUUGUCAUGGUUUUUAUCCAAGAAUAAAACCUGAAGGGCUGUUUGUACCCAUACAAAGGCAGCAGAUUCUCUGGAGUUCUUAAUCCCCACUGAGACUGCAAUGGCAUGUCAAAACAAGCAACGUUUUACUUCAGCUGGUGAUCCCAUGGGAAAUGUGGUCUAAAAAACAUGAAAGGACAACGGAACAGGAUUUUAAUUUGGAUAAAAUCUGGAAUCUUUCUUCCCCUCUGAAGCUUGCAGAUGUUGUAUCAGUAUUUUUGUGUAGCUUCCUAACGUAGCAGUCUCUUUUUUUUUUUUGUGCAAGCUUCAGAGUGGAAAAGACGUGGCUAUGCUGGCGUUAUAUAACGCGGUGUUGAGGUAAGAAGCAGUGAAAAGUUACAGACAGGAAAAUCCAAUUUAAAUUUAAGCAAACUUAAACAGGAAUUAGUUUCCUUGUAACAAGUCUUAUUUUUGCCAGGACCAAGUCUGUCUUUUAAAUGUUUAUACAUUUUUAGCCUUGAAGGGGAAAAAUGUCAUGUGACUGGUAGUCAGAUGGGAGAGCUCUUAAGUUUAUUACAUUUGAAAAGGUAAAUGCUGUAACCUUGGUUGGUGCAAAUAAGUUUAGUCUUUGUAUAAGGCUCAUUUGUCUAAGCUAGCCCAUUUGUUUGGCUGAAGAUGAAGAUUAUUCCAACACUUAUUUUUUUCUUUGAGUUCCUGAUAGUGGUUUCCACUUCACACGAGACACUGGGAAAAGAGGAGGCAGUCGUGGGCUGACCUGACUUAUAGGUUGACUUGAUUUUACUUCCUAGUUUGCUGUGAGCUUUAUUCUUUCACUAAAUUUUCUAGAUGGGCUAAUAUUAGGCUCUUUUUCUCAAAUGAGUUAAGCAUUCCCUUUCAACUCUAAUUUUUUUCUCAAGAAUUACCUCAGUUUUAUGUCUGAAUCUACUGUAGUUUUACCUGGGAGGCAUAGUGUGGAAUUUCCUGUUCUGUUUUUCUUUCCAUGGUCAUCCAUGGUUUUGUAUCCAUAGUCACCAUAUGAGUUUAAAACUCUAAACAGAGCUAAUAAUGCAACAUAUACUUUAAGUAGCUUGAUCUGCACCUGGAAAGAAACAGAGUGAGUUAUCUCAUAUUGAGCUGUCAGUCUUGCUAGUGACUUUUUGUAUGAAGCAGCAGUUUUGCACAAUAAAUCAGAGUUCUAGGGAACCAGUUUGCUCACCUGUGGCCCAUUAUUGCAUUUCUUCUUUCUGUUGACAAAAUGGGCCUAAGCAUGAUGCUCUAGACUGCAGAUGGUUUGGCUCUGUAGGCUCUUUUGUGUGUAACUUGGGUUUGAUAGUGUUGGUUCAUACCAGGAACCCAAGAUCAGGAGACUCUUCAUGCAAAAGUGAAGCCCUUCUCAAAUUUGCGAAGGAUUUGGACCAUGAGUGAAAAGGAUUAUUUUUCAGGUGGCAGGUAAAUUUCUUUGUUAAAUAUAGACUCUACUUCUUGCACAACUGAGGUAUUUUGUUUUUGUUUUUCAAGCUAAGUUGUAGUAUAAUAAAGCCAGAAAAUCAUGUUAUGUUAAAUCAGUUAAUUACUAAAGCAGAAGGCAGGGAGCUUAAGUUGUACAAACAUCUCAGGACAGGCUUGAUCAGUUGCGUAGUCCUUUCACAAGAAACAAAUAAUUAAAAAAAAAAAAAAAAAAAAACUUUAUUUUAAGUGACAUCCUGGAGAACUUUGCAGGUAAACACAGCUGGAGAGAACAUCUUUUUGUGUUAACUUUAUAGGGUUAUUGUUCAUUUGGCUAGUCAGGAAAUAGGUCACAAGCAGGAUGAUAGUCAGAUGGAGACCUUGAACAGCUACUUAAAAAAAUUUGCUGUCCAUUCUCUGAUGCUACAGGUCAGUGACCAGUGACUGGGUGUUGCAAGUUGGUUGUCUCUUGGAAGGACAAAGAGAGGAAGUGCUUGCAGCUUGUGCCUGCAGGAGAAACUUACGUAAUCGUGCAGUUUAUGUAGAAAAACUAACUAAAUGGGAGUAUUUCAUCAAGCAGUACUUUGUAUUUAUUUUUAAGCUAACAAAUUGCAGUGCUGUCAUUUUCUGAACAAUUCUGAGAUGGCAAUACCAGAUGACAGUGAAUUGGAAUUUAACAAGGAAGAGUAGGAAUAAUUUCUAUAAAUGACAUGCUUAAUAGGCAGUUAUCACUUUAAAGAAAUUAAAUAGUUCCUAGUGUUGAUUACAGAAAUUACUGGCCACUCAGCUUCACACUACAACUCAAAGAUGCUUUGAGUUUCAUAUGAAGAACUGAACGUACUCUGUUUGGUAUGACAGCAGAGAUUAUUUGACGUGAUAAGUGGUUUUAAAAACUGAAUAUAUUGCUGUAUCAAACCUAGAACUAGUCGUGUUACAAGCGUGAAGGAGCUCAUAAAGGUGUCCAUUUUGACUUUCUGAGCUAACUAAUGCCUGAACCAAGCAGAGUGGAGAAAUAUACACUAAUUAAAAAAAAAGUGUAGGAAGAGCUCAUCUGUAUGUGGCACUACAGACUAAAAUUUCAUUCCCCUGGAACACUUGAAGUAGGUUUUGAUAUGAAAAACCUACAUUUGAAAUGCUACCCAGGCAUUCAGUAGUCCUGGUUAGUGGGGAAAAAAAAAAAAAAAAAAAAAGAGAAAUUAAAAGAAGAGACAUGGAACUACUGAAGAAACUGACAACCUUCCCCAGAAGAUCACUUUAGAAAACAUGCCCUUUGCCUUCUUUAGGUGGCUGUAUUCUGGAUAAUAACUUCAUGUUUUGCAGCCUUUUCCAUGAAUGUACCUUUUCAGUUCUGAAGAACCUAUUGUGCUGCAUAGAACUCAAGGAAUUUCUUACAAGCUCCCUUUCAUUUUCAAGCAGUGUUUGAACACAUGAUUUUUUUUCUUAUCAAAUUUGACAUCUUGAGGCAAAAAACAAGGUAUGCAAUAAUACCUCCCCUACAGUGCAGCUUGUCCUGCAAACCAGACCUCUCAUCAUGAGACCUCUCUUGGGUUCCUAUGGGUUCAGUAGUAGCCUCUUUUUCUAUACCAUUUUUCUAGUAUAAAAACACAUGGGGUAGUCAGGGAUUUAAUAUAGCACUGCCAACGCUUUACCUCAGUCUGCUCUUCAUUACUUCUGUAACGCGGGAAGUGGUAGGUAGGGUGUUUCAGCAGCAGCCAUAAAACAUCUAUGCCUACCUUUGUAAACGAGCCUAUGACAGAUUUCAGGAAUCGUGAAAACCAGCAUCGCCUGGGCCAGAUUUGGGCUGGAUUAAUACCAACUCCACGCACUUCUAGAUGAGGACUGUCUAGCCUACUGAGGAGGUAAUUGGCAAGACAAUACAAAACUUAGUGCUUCUUAAUAUUGCCUGUUUUGUAAUUAGCUGGGGUGAUCUCUGUGCUGUGAAGUGGGCACUUCUUUGUUUUGACACUAAUUUAUUUACAUAGAUGGAAUUGAGUAAAGCCAGGAUGUUCGGAGCUGAAACUGCUGUUGUGCUAACCAGGUGAUGCUCUCUCUUUGCUCAUCUUGGUGCUUGGGCAAUUUAGCUUGAUUCUUAAAGCUUUUGUCUUCCUAACAGCAUUUGGAAAGCGGUAUUGAAGUUUGUGUGUGUUGAUAUGCUUGUCGUCUUACUGGGUGGGGAGUGUGGAGGUACUAGGUCGUCAGUGCAAGCGGUUCUGUGCUUGGCUUGCCCAACUGUAUCGCAGCCUAGCUCUUGGCAUAUGCCCAAAGGUCGUGUCUUCUGUCCGACGUGCAGUUAAUCGCGGUCGGAGAGGAAAAAAAAAAAAAGAGCAGCACUGACUUCCAAGGUAGGCAUUCUGGUAAAAAGCCAAAGCAUGUUGGAAGGGAGCAGGAGAGAGGAGCUAUUUCCUAAACAGAUCCCAAAAGCUGAUGGUGCUUGAAGACUGACUGUUGAAAAGAAAUGCCAUCUGCAUUGACCCCAAAAGGUUUGAGUGACUCCAGAGAGCUAUUGGCUGUGAAUUAACAGCAGCAGGCUGGCAAGGCUGUCCCUGCUGCAGCUGCACACCCUUCCGCUGUAAAUCUCUCUUCAUCUGCUCAUAACUGGGUGCUAAAAUUCAGUUUCUGCUAAAAUAUGGGAUGGAGAUCUCUGGCCAGACGGUGCGUCUUACUCCUAACAGCUACUUAACCUUUCUUCAAGAUACCAGAGCUCAAGAAGCAUUUCAGGGGAAUGGCUAGAUAAGAUACUGUUUCCGUUAUUGGAAUAAAAACUACAGUUGAUGGAGAGUAAACUUUUUGCAUAAGCAGGACCUAAGGGAGAGAUUCUUCUGAGGGAAGGAACAGAUUUUCGAAUGGCACUGCUGCUGUGCUUGUACCUCCCGUCAAUCUUUUGUGCUGAGCUUAGGUGUGGGUGGUUGGGCACAAAAGCUGGCAGAAGAAAGCAGGGAGAAGGGGGAUGUGGAAGAGGAGUGAUCUUUUUGGUAGCUCACAAGACUUGGAAAGCAUGCUCGGUGGUUAUAGGUUUGAAAAUGUUCAAACUCCCGCUCACGCUGAAGCCAUUAACAGUCUUUAGGAUAAUGAGCGUUUUUCCGAUGUACAGGUUAAGUUAUCUGGGAUGUGUAAUGAGCUUGAAUUGAUGAUCCAUGAUAAGCAGUAUUUCUGGAGACUCCACUUAACAAAAUGGCUAGUAUUUAUUGCUCUUGUGAUGAGUUGUCUUGUUUAUGGAAUCAAUAUGUAUGAAAGCAAACUGACAAAACACCAAGUUAUCUCAUGACACAAUCACGUAGCUAGGAAGCCAAUUAACAUUAUCUUUUUAUUUUGCAAUUUACUUGCUCUGUGGUGCCUAUGCAUUGUAACACGCAUACUAUGCAAUAUCUUUUUUUUGUUUAAACCAGUUCACUGCAUUGGGCAAGAAAGGCCUGAGUUUAGCCUUAAUUUUCUAACAAUCACAGGAAAGUACUUUAGAAACAGUGACAAAUUAAAGAAGGUUAAAAAAAAUGCAUAAAUUAAAAGCACAGUUCCAGACUGCUCACAUAAGUGUCUUUCUAGCACCAAAACAGCAUCCACAAUAGAAGCAGCUACUUGCUGUAAUAGUUUCAAUUUAUGAAAACUGUGUACUAGAUAAAAUUAUAUUGUGAUGUGUAAAAAGUGUAUUUUAUAGCUUUGGUGACUUAGUUUACUGUUUUGUAUAUAUGAAUUUUAUAAAUCUAUUAAAACUUGA